AUGAUUUUAUACAGCUAUGUUGUGAUAAUAAUGAGCUCCUACCGUUACUUCCCUAGCCGUUCUACAUCGCAAACGCACUUCUCGAUUUUCAUCUUUGCUUGUUUAUUCACCGCCACAACUUAUUCAUUGUUUUACGGUACUAGUAACCGGCAGGAUCAGAUAAUGGAGCGGAUUUAUGACUCAAAAAUGAAAUACAUUUCACCCGCAUCCUAUGAGCAGGGUCUAAUCCAUAAUAAAUUUAUGGAGCAGAAGAUUAUUAAAGAGAGGAGGAGACACUUGGGUCUUUCUGCCAGAAAUCCCUCAGAUCUAAGGAUUAGGGAUAUUGAAUAA